AGGAAUUAAUUGCUCUUCAGCCCCCCUAUUUUGCAUUUGUUAAUUGGGGGAGAAGAAAACUUGAAGCUUUCUCACUCUUGAGUUCUUUCUCUUCGUCUUCGAUUCGCUUCGAGCUCAAUUCAGAGGAAAAUCACUCUCCGGUGAAGCUUGGACUGGUGAAAUCGAAAAAUGUCGCAAUCUUCGGUCGAUGUUCCGCCAAAGGGUGGGUUCAGCUUUGAUCUGUGUAGGAGGAAUGAGAUGCUUGCGCAGAAAGGUCUUAAAGCUCCUUCUUUCCUGAAGACGGGUACCACCAUCGUUGGGUUGAUUUUCCAGGAUGGCGUGAUACUUGGGGCUGAUACCCGGGCAACUGAGGGGCCCAUAGUUGCUGAUAAGAACUGUGAGAAGAUUCAUUACAUGGCACCAAACAUAUACUGCUGUGGUGCAGGAACUGCUGCCGAUACUGAAGCAGUUACGGAUAUGGUCAGCUCGCAGUUGCGGUUGCACCGAUAUCGAACCAACCGAGAGUCGAGGGUCAUCACUGCUUUGACUCUUCUCAAAAGACAUCUAUUCAGCUACCAAGGUCAUGUCUCAGCUGCUCUUGUUCUUGGUGGAGUUGAUGUUACAGGACCUCAUCUUCACACUAUAUACCCGCACGGAUCAACUGACACUCUGCCGUUUGCUACCAUGGGGUCUGGCUCUCUUGCUGCAAUGGCUGUGUUUGAGGCAAAGUACAAAGAAGGUCUAACGAGAGAUGAAGGAAUUAAGUUGGUAGCUGAAGCCAUAUGCUCGGGUAUAUUCAAUGACUUGGGCAGUGGAAGCAAUGUGGAUAUUUGCGUGAUCACGAAGGGACAGAAGGAAUACCUCAGGAAUUACAUGCUGCCCAACCCAAGAACAUAUGUCAGCAGCAGAGGGUAUACAUUCUCCAAGAAAACUGAGGUUCUUCAGACGAGAAUCACGCCAUUGACGGAAAGGGUGGAAGUUGUAGAAGUGGGCGAGGCCAUGGAGGAAUGAAUGAAUGAACUCACUUGAGCUAACAUUGUCUUUUGCCCCCUUCUUUCCCUGUCUUUGAGGGUUGUAUCAGUGAAGACAAGUGAGAUUCCGUAGUGUUUUUUUUUUCCUUCUAUGCUAUGUUUAAGAUUCUCAUUUGGGUUACGCAAAUGAACUUCUUUGAUUGAAAUGGCUAUGGAUGUGGUUGUUAUUUGUACUGAUUUAA